AUGGCUGCCGCCGUUGCCGCAGCAUUAGCGCCCACAACCGAGGCGGUGGGUAGCCCGUUGGAGCAGCUCUUAGAAAACGCCGAGGACCUCCUCGCCGACGGCAAGCGUGCCGAGGCGCGUCACGUGCUGGAGGGCGUCGUCAACACCGACGUGGCCGCCGACGAUGCGGAGGGGAUACGCGUGAAGGAGCGUUCGGUGUACCGCCUGGCGGACAUCCUUAGCCUCGAGCGGCAGGUGGACGCCCUGGUGCACCUUCUCUGCGUCAUCCGCCCCUUCUUCGCACUGCUGCCAAAGGCCAAGACGACGCGCAUGGUGCGGAAGUUGUUUGACCUCAUCCUCAGCAGCGGCGCCUCCCUGGAUCGACAGAUGGAGGUCUGCCAUGACAUGAUUGCGUGGGCGCGGCAGGAGAAGCGGACGUUCCUGCGGCAACGGCUGCAGCACCGGCUGGCGGAGGUGCAGUUUGCCCGGAAUGAGCGGCAGGAGGCGCUCGCCACGCUGCAGGCCCUGUUGCGGGAGGUGCGCCGACUGGACGACCGGGCGCUGCUGCUUGACAUCCACCUGCUGGAGAGCCGCAUUUAUUACUCCAUUCAGCACAUCGGCAAGGCACGCGCCGCCCUUGUCGCGGCGCGGACGAACGCCAACAGCAUCUACUGCCCACCGCUGGCCCAGGCGGAGAUUGACCUGCAGAGCGGCGUGCUGCACGCGGAGGAGCACGACGCCAAGACGGCCUUCUCCUACCUUUACGAGGCCUUUGAGGGGUUCCACCAGCUUGGCGACCAGGCCCGCCAGGCACGCAAGGCGCUGCACUACAUGGUCCUCGCGAAGAUUGCCGCCGACAGCCCAGACGAGCUCUCCGCGCUGCUCUCCUCUAAAAACGUGCUGGAGUACCGAGGCCAGGACAUGGAUGCGCUGCGGGGGGUCGCCGAGGCGUACAACAGGCAGGACACCCACCUCUUCAACCGCAUCAUGCGCGAGAAUAAGGACUCGGCCUUCCUCGCCGACGAGAUCCUGCAGCGACGACUCACCGAGAUGUACAACAGCCUGCUGGAGCGGCACCUGCUAAAGCUGUUGGAGCCGUACAGCCGGGUGCAGAUCUCCUACCUCGCCUCGCUGCUGCGGCUCGACGUGGAGACGGUGGAGUCGCAGGUCUCCCAGCUUAUCCUCGACAAGAAGCUCGCCGGCAUCGUGGACCAGCAGCACCAGUGCGUCGUCGUCUUUGACGAGCAGGACGCGAAUGUGGCGAGCAAGCGGCGGCAGCAGGAGGAGGCGGAGAAGGCGCAGAAGGCGGAAGGCGGGGACGGCGCGCCCUCCUCCUCCGUCGGCGGCGAGAAGCCCACCACGACGCUCUACCAAGACGCCCUCGCGGCCCUGGACAAGUACGAUCGCCUCGUCACGGCACUCUUCGAUAAGGCGGGCGGCAAGUUCGACGCCCUGGUGGCGGAGAACAUGAGGAAGCGGCAGGAAACAAAGACAGACAAGAAAAAGGAUGGUAAAAAGAGCGAUGAAAAGGAAGAGGCGGAGAAGAAGGAGAAAGACAGUUAG